UUCGAUAUUUUCACUCGUCAGUAAAAAGUCGAAAAUGCCUGAUAUCUUGAAGGUAGACCUAAUUCGUUGUUUUGUGUGGUAUUAAGUGUCUGAUCGGAUUAAAAUAUGCUUUAAAAUGUGCAUCAGUGUUCCGCCUAGCCGUUUUGCUUAAAGUUUGACCGAAAAACAUUCGUUCCGGGGCGUGGGGAGCAAUUUUUCGGGACCCUUAUCACAGAAUUUGAGUGGGCUCUUCGCAGUCGACGAGCGCUGGCAGGAAAAAAUUCCUUCGGAAUUUUGACGUUUUCCUACACCUUUUUACGAGUGACUCGUCCCGUGUAUUUUCGAGAAAAUCGAAAUCGGAAACGAUAAUGAUAUUGAAAGUUCAGAAAAUCUGUAGUUAAUUGUUAGAAAAAAAGUAUUUGACGCGGGGAGCAUUUUUUUUUCGUCGUAAAGUGAACUAUUGAAGAGGGUUUUGCUCGUUUUGCUUGGGGUGUUUACCAUCGCUGGUUGAAAAUUGUGUCAUUGAUUGCUACAAGAAGAAUACGAAAACAUGACAGGUCAUUGUUUUGAUCCAGUGAAUUCUUUACAGGUCGCAGGUGAUCAUAUCUUGAUAUACGAGGCUUACUACAAACAGCUCGAUCCCAAAGGUAGCAAUGAGAUCGGAGCGCUGGAUGCAGCAAAAUUUCUCAAAAAAUCCGGACUAAGCGAUGUGGUACUGAGCCGCGUAUGGGACAUGUCCGACCCCAAUGGGCGCGGCUACCUGACCAAGGAGGGCUUCUUCGUGUCCCUCAAGCUGAUCGGUUUGGCCCAGGAGGGGUCCGAGUUCAAUCUGAAGAACAUCUACAAGGAACUGUCCAAGCCGCCGAAAGUGGGUGAAAUCCCAAAAGUCACUGGGCAGGUCAAAUUGGUCCCCGCCGAAAAUACAGACUGGUCCAUCAAACCAGAGAAACGGCAACAGUAUGAACAGCUGUUCGAAUCGCUUGGACCAUCCGGAGGUCUGCUCCCGGGAAACAAAGUUCGAGCCACGCUAAUGAACUCAAAGUUGCCCAUCGAUACGCUUGGGCGUAUUUGGGAUCUGGCCGAUCAGGAUCGAGAUGGAAGUCUCGAUAAACACGAAUUCUGUGUCGCUAUGCAUUUGGUUUACGAGGCUCUGGACAAACGAGCAAUUCCGGCAGUUUUGCCGCCGCAGCUGCAGCGAAACGCUCCACAAAACGGUAGCGCCGCAGCAGCCGUAAAUAACAAUAGUUUUGAUGCCUUCGGAGGUAGCGAUGGUGGGUUCGUGGCAAACUUCCCGACCGAUAUCGCUCCUCCGCCGGCCGUUCCGCCAUUGCCGAUGGUAGCCCGCGCAACUCCACCGAUCAUUCCACCGGCUCCGCUGGUUCCAAUCAUUCCAACCAACAGCGCCGGAACGGCAGUCGUCGAUCCGAAUGCCUGGGUCGUAGGUACCCUGGAGCGCUGCCGCUACGAAGAAAUCUUCAACAAAAGCGACCUGGACCGGGAUGGCCUCGUUUCCGGUCACGAAAUCAAGGAAGUAUUUUUGCAGUCCGGACUGCAGCAGGGUGUGCUGGCGCUGAUUUGGGCCCUGUGCGAUACCAACCAGAGCGGAAAGCUGCGGCUGGAGGAGUUCUGCCUGGCGAUGUGGUUCGUCGAGCAGGCUAAGAAAGGAAUCGAUCCACCGCAGGUGCUGGCCCCGAACAUGAUUCCCCCGAGCCUGCGGAAGGGUGCGCUGAUUGCGGCGGCGGAGCCCAAACCAACAUACAGCAACCCGGAGCUGGAAAUGAUCUCCAAGGAAAUCGAGGAACUGGCCCGGGAACGGCGCCUGCUCGAGCAAGAAGUUGCUCAGAAGGAGGCCGACGUUCGAAUAAAGAACGGUGAAAUGAGAAGUCUACAGAGUGAACUAGACACACUGACGGCCACCCUGAAGCAAUUGGAGAAUCAGAAGGGCGAGGCACAGAAACGACUCGACGAUCUGAAGAAUCAGAAAGUUGAGGUAGACUCUGCCAUUGCGAGUGCUCGAGAGCAGGUGAACAAAAUUCGCGAACAAUGUCAGAAACAGGAAGAUACCUUGAGAGAGCAAGAAGGGGAGCUGGAUUCGCGCCGUUCGGAGCUACAGAAGCUGAGGGAUGAGGAGCAGGCCCUGGAGCGGGAGUACAACGCCAGCACCAAAGAUGUGGAUCGGUUGACCUCGCAGCUGCAAGAUACUCAGCUGGAAAUCAGCCAGGUCAAGGCAAUGGUUACUCAAAUCCAAGAGUACCAGCGCCAGAUGACGGACGCAUUGUCCAUGUUCCGAAAUGCAAUCGAUACGAACGAUCCGGUUUUGGUAUCGGACUACUCGCUUAAGAUUGAACCCGAAUUUAGAGAGGCAAAGCUUGCCCUGGAAGAGAAAGAAGUGGAAAACGCCAACAAGCGCGAUCCAUUCUGCGAUAACAAGACGAAUGGAUUUAGCGCAUCGGAUGCGGAAACUGGCUUUGGCGAUGAUUUCAAGACCAACGGAUUUGCUACCCAGUUUGAUACGAAUCAAGGUUUCCAGAGCUCUGGAUUUGACGACGGAUUUGCUACUUCGUUCGAUCAGAAACCACAUGACCCAUUUGCAUCCACCGCCGGUCACGCCGAUCCGUUUGGCGAGAGCAAGGGAUCUGCUCCCGAGGGUGCCAAGGAUGAGUUCGGUUGCGAUCCGUUUGCCAUACUACACGCACCGACCACCGCUAGUCAGAUUCUUACCCCUAGCCCGAGCAGAUCCGUAGCGCCUCCACGACCCGAGUCACCGAGUCCAGCUUUGCCUCCGAAGAAGGCGAAACAACCUCCGCCAAGACCAGCACCUCCAAGACCUCUCCAGGGCCCGACUCCGACGAAGCCGGCUCCCCCAUCAACGGACGCCUUCGGAGACAGCAGUGGCGGUGGCGGAUUCGCCAACUUUGCCGACUUCGACAAUAAGAACCUCAAACCAGCUGCCGUCCCAUCGCCCAUUCCGACAGUUUUGCCAGUUCCGUCGGCGCGAACCGCAGCUCAACAGCACACGUCGCCGCUGCUGCUACCGGCGUCGUCCACAUCGGUGGCACCACUCGGUUCCGGUUCGUUGUUCUCUUCCGCACCGGUGAGUGCUACCAUCGACUCCGCUAAAACUACACCGAUCGUCACAAUCACGACGACGUCGACAACUCCGGCAGCGGUAGACUUUUCCGAUGAUCCCUUCAAGGAUUACCGGUACGAGGAUCCCUUCAACAUCGAAGAUCCCUUCGCGGAAGAAGAUUCGGAACCGAUUAGCUCCGACGAUCCAUUUUCCUCUGAUUCGAACACUCUGAACAACAACCGAGCAGUAAGUCCAAAGAAAGCUUCAACUAACAACAAUCCGUUAGAGAAUGCAUUCGCGAGUGCGCUCUCGAACAAUUUUUCCACCACAUUUGAGGACGUCGACUUCGGCACCGGUGGAAGCUCGACAGCUAAGAAACCUUCCGGUGCGGAUCUGUUCGACGCUUUCAACGAUAACUUCACCAAAAACAGUACUUCUGACAAGGCGGAUCUGUUUCUGAAAGCUUUCGGAGGGAAUGACAAAAAUGCAGACAGCUUUAGCCAAGGCAACGGUGGCGCCAGUACUCUUUUUGCAGCAGCCGGAGCAUCGGGAACUUCCAAAUCUAGCCCCUUUGAAGAUGACGAGUUUUCCCGAAUGGAUGACGCCUUCGCAAAGAUGGACUUUUCGAACAACAAUGGCGGCAUCAGCCAGAAACACAUCAACAAUACCGGGAACAAAGUGAGAAGUCACUUCCCGGCCUCGAAAACCGUCGAAGGAUCGAAUGAUUUUGCCGAUUUUGAUGUGUUCAGCAAUAUCAGUAACAAUCUACGUAACAAUAAUCCUCCCACGCCGUCUACCGAUAGCCUAAAGCGGCCGAAGGAAGCAACGAUGGGAGCCGUUGGGAAGCGGGCCGUCCCGACACCACCUAUGACCAAAUUCAACGAAGACUACUCCAAGGAUGAGGCAGCGUUCGAUGCCGAUUUGCAGGCAGUGCUGCAACGGUCCAAGGUUGAAAUGUAGGGUUCCCCCUCCAUGAUGUGGCCCUUUUCAUAAGUAUCCGUUUCUUAUUAUUUUGUUACCUUUAUUUUCUCUGUUGAAGCUUUUGUUCUGACCAGUACUUUAUCCUUGUUGAGCUAGUACGGUCCUGAGAGGAACAUAAUUUUAUAACUUAACUCUUUCAUCAUUCGGAAGUAUUUGCCAUUAUUCGUCUACCGUCGUGUAGUUGUUUAUUGAAUCGAUUGAAACGGUAUCCUGUUAUUUGGUUUAUUUUUGUUAAAAAAUAUUUCAUUAAAUAUAUUUUCCCUUUUCCUGAGUUUCCUAAAUAAAAAUUAGAAAAUUUUUGGUGUAGCGCAAGCUCCAAUAUUUUCUUCUGAGAUUGUUUUACCAUGUAACGAAAAGUAUACAAUAUGCUUUAAAAAUUUAAUUAGUCCUUUUAAGGCAACACUUCUCAACACACACUUUCGCAGUUUUACAAGUGCAUCGGGUUGCUCCUCCUUGAAGUUACCGAACCUUUGUUCGGUACGACCUGGAUUCGAUUGGGCCGACAACCUAUUACGAUCUUGCAUGGCUUUGGCCCGAUGACCUUCAACAACUCCGGGCUCUGACGGCCUUCCAGUGGAUCCCAGUCCAAUGACCUUCAAUUGGCUUCACUAGACAGCCUUCCACAGGCUCAGAUACGGCGACCUACAAGUUUAUCCCUUUUCUACGAACUUCAAGGCCUUCCAGCGGCUUCGGCUCGAUUACCUUUCAUGAUCAAUGUCAUUAUCUGACGUUUUUUUUUUCGUUUGAAAACUUUUCAUUGCGAUCAGUUAGUUGAUCUAUUGUAAUGACGACGAGCUUUCGACGUCGUAAAUUCUUCUAACUAACAUGGCUCCCGUCCAACGACCUUCCCUGUUUGCGGUUCGACGACCUUCCAUGGCCCCUAGGCGAUCUUCUUGUAGAUACAGGCUCAACGACGUUCUAAAGGCUCCGGUCCGAUUAUCUCUAGUAGCUUCCGCUUGACGACUUUCCGAUAGAUUCAUUGCUCGACGACCUUGCCUGGCAUCCGUAUGAGGACACCACAAUGGCUCUUAAUGCGACAACCUCACAAUGCAAUGGUUUCUCGGCUCGAUGACCUUCCAGUUGAUUCCGGUCAUACGACCUUCUCAGACAUAGGUCCAAUGACCUUCUAGUAGUAUAUGGUCCUACGACCUUCUACAACUCCGGUCUGACGACCUUUCACUGGUGGAACCAAUUACUCUUCUAGACGACCUUCAAAUGGCUUCGGCUCCUCGACCUUUCGUAGACUUAGGUUCGACGAGCAUCCCUAGCACUUGUCCGACGAUCUACAAGUGGAUCUCUUUUCUACGACCUCAGAGACCUUUCAGUGGCUCUGACACAACGACCUUCCCUGAGUUCUGUCCGUGACCUUCUUGUGAAGAUUCAUGCCCAAAGACCUUCUAAACGUUGCGGUUCGAUGUCCUCCCAGCACCUUUGGCUCGAUGACUUGUUAAUAGAUUCCUGGCCCGACGACUUUGUUUGGAACCGGUAUGAGCACUUCACAAUUGCUCUCAGUACGAUGACCUUCCACUGGUUUCUCGGCUCGAAGACCUUCUAUUCGAUUUAUGUCUUACGACCUUUUCUAAUUCAGGUCCAACGAUGUACAACUCCGUCCUGACGACUUUUCAGUGGAUUCAGUUCAAUAAUUGUGUAUUUGAUCCUCUCGACGACCUUUUAAUGGCUUUUUAUUGACCUUUCGUAGAUUCAGGUUCGACGAACAUCCGUAGCGCGGGUCCGACGAUCUAUAAGUGGCUUUAAGCGAUACUACGACCUCGAAGACCUUCCAGUGGCUCUAGCCCAACGACCUUCUUUGAAUCCUGUUCAACGACCUGUCAGUUGUGGUCGGUCCUACGACCUUCUAGUAGAUUGUGGUCCAAUGACCUUCUAAAAGCUUCGGCUGAUGACCUGCCAAUACUUCGGUCCGAUGAUCGAUGACCCAGUAGCUUCGGCAAGUAAGGUGACCUCCCACUGGUUUCUUGGCUCGACAACCUUCCAGGUUCUCAGUCUCGACGACCAUCCAAUAACCCCUGUCGCAGUUGACCUUUUAAUGGCUUCGACCCAACGAUCUUCUAAUAGACCCCGGCCUAACAACCUGUAAUAGCUUAUACUCGAAAAUCGGACCGACAAUCUUCAAAUGGCUCUAGCUCGAUGACAGUCUAUAGCUGCGAUCUGACCCUUCCCUUGUUUUCUUUUCGUUCCACAGAAAGGCUGAAGUAUGUAGCACAUAUUUAGUUGGUUCAGCAAUCUUCGAAGGACUGAAUGAGUUUUUAGGAGUUCGUUGGAACUUUUGGUUACUUGGGAUGUGACUUAAACUCCCGAAAUACAGAUACAAUGCUAGAACUUCUUUUUAAACAAUAGCAAUAGCUCAGAGGUCGAAACAAUGCCCUGGAGGGGUCGUGUUUUGAAAUCUCACGAGUACCAUUUGUUGGGCUGAUCAUGGAAUUUGAAUGCUCAUGCUUAAGGUAUAAUGAUUAUAAUUUGAUCGGAUAGAAACGACCAUUUACGGGUCACACAACAUUGCUUCAAGUUGAUGAACUUAUGUCACUGACUCUGGUGAUCUAAAUUAAAUUUAAGUUCAUCUACUUUUCUGAACCCCCGAAUUUCCACCAUUUCUGGACACCUUUUUCUCAAGCUUGGUUCCAAAUAACUUCAUACACUGCUGACAGAGUAUAGAUAGGUACCCACUAGAUGUAAAUGCAAGUCUACCAAUAAAAAUACUUGAACAACUUAUUCCAUCACAAUCACGAUGCUACUCACAGCUUUUCUGUAUACAUCAGUAUAGCUUCAACAAACCAAGAACGCAUUUCCAGAAGGCUUUUGUACAUAGUUCAAUUUAUUUUUCCCCCUCCUAACAGAAGCAUGAUGGAAUUACCUGUGUAAGUAGUCUUACAAAAAAAAAACAGAAAACGCAAGAGAUUUCAAUUGCUCACGUGCAGCAAGUGACGAUGUAAAAUAAUCUUCAUAUACCUAGGACUUAAGUUAAAGUGAGUAAAAGUUGAUAUAUUGGUGCUUUGAGAGAGCGAGUAAUCGAUUAUUUUUUGUAAGUAAAUUCGUUAUCUAAUUUAUUAUUGGCUUCAAAAAAUUCCUAUGAAAAAAAAUCCCUCCUUGGAUUUUCCAAAUCGCGUGUCGUUUAUUUAAGUUAAUAAUUCUCUCGAAGCUGCGAAUUCCUACGAUACACUGUCUCAUGUCCAAAUUUGUUAACAAAUCAUAGUUAUUUUUUCAGUAUGCUUCGCUUGUAAACCGUAAAGUAUUCUAGAUUGGCAAAAUUGUUACAAAUUAUAGCGGAAACGAUGGUAUAAUACUGAACUGACAAUUUAGCAACGUCGGGUGAACAACAAUAUUUUCUUCUGUUUAAGUAGACAUCCAGUGCGUGGGAAACUAUACGAGUUGAGAUCGGAAAUAUACGCGUAAUAUUUACCGUUUGCGAAUUAUGGAACGCAAAAGAAACACUUUAAAUAAACUCCUUGUAAUCAGUCAUGUUGUACUCAAUUAUUAGCCCUACUGUAAGCACUGAUUGUUAAUAAUAUCGAAUAGUAUAAAAAUUGUCAUAUAGA